AUGGUUGUGGUGGCCGUGGUGUUAUAUAUUAUGAGUGCAGAAUCAGAUUUCGCAAUACCACUGCUGGUGCUAUUUGUCAUACAUUCGGUGCUCUUCAUAUACGUGAGAUCUUUCAGGGAAUCGAUCAUUUUGGAACUCACUACUCUAAUUGUGGCUAUCGUUGUGAAAAUCGUUGCCCAACUAGCUAAAAUCAUUGUCAAAAUGGUGAGACCACGAUCUUCCUCUUCCUAUGUUGAUGGUGCAUCGGCAUGGACCGGCCCAGUAGAGCAACCGCCUCCAUCGUCCUCUUCUUACUCUGUUGAUGAUGAAUUGCGGGGCCCAUUAGAGCAACCCCUUGAAAUGGGUGUUUUUAGUUACAGAUGUCAUGGAGAAGAGCAGCAGGGGGAGUGCGUCAUCUGCCUGUGUGAAUACCAGGAGGAGGACUCCUUGAUGGCGCUGCCACUUUGUCAGCACUGUUUCCACGUGGAGUGCAUUCGGAGGUGGUUUAAGUGCCAGCUAAGAUGUCCCAUCUGCAAUGCAUCUCCGUUUCAGGAAUUGGGAUCCCAUGCUGGAAAAGAUGUUGCUCUUCAAAUUCCACUUCCGCCACUUUUGGUUGCAGGAAAUAUGAGGGAGGGAAACCUAGAGAUCAAUGUUAUUAAAGAGAAGGCUAAUUCAUCUAGAAAGGACUUGGACAAUAUUCUUGCUAAUACAAGGUCCUUGGCUAACUAUAUCAAAGACCUCAAGAAGGAUCACAAAGAGCACAUUAAGGCCCUGGAAGAUGAUUAUCACAAGAUUAAGAAGAGUUUGAGUAUGGUGGUGGUGGUGAGUAAGGCGGCCAUGGAUAAUACUAAUGAGGGACGUCUCUGUAGACUUAAUGAGCAUGCCAAAGUUCUUCAUGUUAUCUCUCAGAUCAAUUCCCCAUUUGGCAUCAUGAAGUUAGUCAAGAAGGCUAAGGUGGUGGAUGUAGGUACACAUAAAAAUCACAGGGCUCCAUUGGAGGACGUGGAUGAGGACUUGGAUGUGAACGAGAUGCCCUAG